ACGACGACCGGACCGCACAGUGCGCGGUGCGAAGAGUGAGGGAUAAGUGUGAGAAGAAAGGGAAAAGAAAAAGAAAGGAGAGCAGGGGACUGUGCAGCCCUCUGUACUAAUGGACCAUAAGGAUAUUUAACCGCUUGCCCUGGGAGCGCACAGACACCGCAGUCCAUGCCUCUCCCUUGCCGGGUCAUUGAUGGGAAAUCAACUGGAUCGGAUCACCCACCUCAACUACAGCGAACUGCCCACGGGGGAUCCGUCCGGGCUGGAGAAGGACGAGCUUCGGGUCGGCGUCGCCUACUUCUUCUCUGACGAAGAGGAGGAGGUGGACGACCGCACUCCGUCUGACUGCGGAUUCACCAAGGACCACAGCCCGACAGAGGAGGGACCCUUCUCGGUCAGCGAGGUGGAGUAUUCAGCUUUCUGCUCCCAGGAAUGCAUCUUCUCCAAGCUGCGGGAGAACGAGGACUUGAAUGUGUACUCGGCCAAAACUUUGCUGACUAUGUGCAAACCAGGGGACCUGCUGGAGCUGGUGGCCACCGCGCAAGCCCCCCACUGGGUCAUCUUCGAGCAAGACGACCAAGUCAUUCAUCUGCACAAGGGCGAAAUCCGCAAAGACAGCCUGCUUGAGAUCAGCAACGGCCGCCAUGGGAGAAUAGUCAACAAUCGGUACCGUUAUCGGCCGCUUCCUCCUGACCUAGUGAUGCAGAACGCAGCGGGACACCUGGGCCUGAGCAGCGAGGAGAUAUGCUGGACCAACUCGGAAAGUUUCGCUGCCUGGUGUCGUUUUGGGAAACGGGAGUUCAAAGCCGUGGGAGAAGCGCACUCAGCGGAGCAGCAGUACUUCCUCAAAGUGCAUCUGUCCGGCAGCGAGGUGCACACUCUGGUCUUUCGCAGCCUGGAGGACAUGAUCCGGGAGAGAAGGCGAGUGGACGCCAGUGGAAUUCUCAAAGAGCUGUCUUUGGUUAACGGGGGCAAGGAGUGAUCAGGGAUUCCGUUUGAUAUCGUCUCCUCCACCACCCCCUCCCUGCCUCCUCUUGCCAAAGCGCACGGACGCACACUUUUGCGCACGAACCAACGUACUCACACACAAGCACACGGACGCACACACGUGCAAGGACCUGUUGGUGUUGGACUGUCUGUUUGUCACGGAUGGGGCCCGGGUUUAUCUGGACAAAAGCCGCCCUGUGGAAUUUCCAUCAAAAUACAGUGUUGAGAAAAGAGAGAGCGCGGCCACAUAAACAGACAACGCCCAUUCUGAUUAGAAUUCGUGCUGAGUGGGACACACGAUUUCUAAGAAACUCAUUGUUCCCGAUAAGCGAAAUCACCUUUACAACCCCCACAUUGCGCACACGGCCCGGUUUGGUUUCUGUUUAAUUUCUCGGGAUAAUGGAAUUGGCCCCUUCUCUACAUAGGGUGCCUGCUGCAGCAGACCAGACGGUGAGACCGGCAGAGGGAGAGAUAG